CUUGGCGUCAUGCUCGACCGCUUAGAAGUCAUCAAGCUUUUGCACAGAGGCGACUGCGGCGAGGUAAGGCUAGCAAGAGCGACGCGAUCUAGUCAAGAGAGCCUGCUCUUUGCAGUCAAGUCUGUGAGCAGAAGCCAUGCUCGCAAGCUGUCGGACCAACUGUUUCCACAACAUGAGAGGCAGAUUCUCCUACUGCAACUCAGCGAGCGAUGUCCCGCGAUUUGCAGACUGCUUGCCGCCGACUCAGACGAGCAGAACCUGUAUCUGAUAACGGAGUACUGUCCCGGUGGUGACCUGGGCGCUCUGCUAGACACACUUGGACCAGAAGGCGUCCAAACGAGCUGGAUACGCGCUUGGCUGCACGACACGCUCGCCGCUCUCACAUGGCUUCACGCCCAUUCCUGGGUGCAUCGCGACUUGAAGCCUAGCAACCUGCUUAUCGCCAUGACGGGUCAGCUACGCUUGACCGAUUUCGGCUCUGCAGCUCCGCUCAAUCCCGCGACUGGAAACGUCAAGCGACCGUUUGCAGAGGCUCUUGUCGGCACAGUGGAUUAUAUAUCGCCUCACAUGUUGCGUGCUCACCAGGCGGCCAUCAAUCGCUGUCAAACCCAGGCCGACGAGCAGUCGUACGGCGCGGAAGCAGAUCUGUGGAGUUUGGGCGUGAUGAUGUAUGAGAUUAUUGUGGGAGCGUGUCCAUUCUAUGCGGAAGAUGUAGCAACGACAUAUGAUCUGAUUCUGGAGGAUUCGGAGAUUCGAUUGCCUUCGCACUGCUCGAUCUCACAGGACGGUCGUGACCUCUUGCAGCUCUUGCUCACGCGACCAGGUCACGCUCCUCCGGCGCAUGAGCUCGCCCGACAUCCCUUUGUUCGCUUCGAAGACCCAAGGAGUCUAGACCGCUUCGUGCCGGAGCACCCUGUGAUCGACAUUGCGAAUCUAUCGGCAUACCAGUCUGCCACGAAACCUUCGACUGGCAUUGAUUUCUCGGCAUUCUUCUCUUCGCCUGGCCUGUCCAUCUUGCGCAUCGCGAAAGCGGACACACCUACGCAAUCUGACGAGAUUGAACAUGCUGAUUGGGCAUUCGUGCCAUCUGAGGAUGCUUGGGAAGAAAUCGGAUAUCGUGAGCCAGGCGAGACUGCUCUGCCCACCAUUGCGCACUCGCCCGCAUGGUUCGUCACUCCCGCGAGACGCUCUACCAUCAGUUUGUCGUCUCUGUCUCGCUCAAAGACCACCGACAGCUCGACCACCUCGGCAACAAAGCGUCAGCGGCGCGACAUGAGUGCAUUCUCGGCGCGACACGAGAUGGUCCAGCAUGCUGUGCUAUCGACUGCUCAGAAACGCAGACCCAGCACACAUAUGGAGCGCAAUGAGAGCGCAUCUCAAGACCAAGGCGCGCACAUGCUACAAUCAGAGGAAUCCAGCAUAGAGGGCACAGAACUUGACGACAGCCCUACGCGCUCUCGCUCAGCUUCGAUCAGUCUGCUUUCGAAGAGCCUUGGCAGCUCAAGACACUCGAGAAGCCUGUCAGACAGAUCCUUUACCCCACUUGCAGACUUUACUAACCGUUCUCGGCAAGCGAGUCAAGACCGAGAGCUUCCGGCGCAGGAGCCCGAAUUCUUGAACGCUACAUUUCGAUAUUGGCAGUGCGGAAUUUGCUGGCGAUCGUCGACUGCUACGUCACCACGUCUUGGCAUUUUUCACGGAGAGUUCUGCGACGCGAUUGGGGCAGGUACUCCGCGACAUUCUGUCAUAGCUCCGAGAGCGGCUGUCUUUCCUCCGGCGGCUGAUGAUUUUCCUUGGCCGCUCACACGAUUGGCGACGUCUUUGCACGGCAUCAUGGUUUGCUCCUGGCGUCUCGCGGGGAUUGCUACAUUGUUGACGGCACUGGCGCUUCUGUCAAUUUGUCGACACAGAUUAGUCAUCGUCUUCUCGCUUGCGAGUGCAUACACAUUCGACUUGCGCACAAUCAACGAAGUCGGAAGUCUCGAUGACGGCUUAGCUUGCAACGGAACCUACUGCGGUUCGGCGGACUCUAAGAGUCAGCAGAAUAACUAUGUCAUUCCGAAUGUCUUCCAUUCAAUCCUACUUGGGCCUAGCUAUGUCAUGCGACCAUCCUGGCAAGUAUCUCUGGACAGCUGUCGUGCGUUACAUCCGACGGCGGAGUUCAAAAUGUGGACCGACGAGUCAGCUGCCGCAUUCGUAGCAAAAGAGUACCCAGAACUGCUACGGACCUGGCUGAGCUACGGUCAGACAAUACAGAGGUCCAACACCUUGCGUUACAUGCUCCUGGCACGUCUCGGUGGAAUCUAUAUGGACCUAGACCUAGCCUGUCGAGUCAAUCUCGAUCCGCUCCGACGGCUGACGCUCGUUACGCCACCGGCAACCCCGACAGGGCGGACGAACGCCUUUAUUGCCGCCAUCCCCAAUCACCCGUACAUGAAUGCUCUUGUGUCAGCCUUGCCAGUAUACAAUCUCGAGUGGUUCUUUCCCUAUGCGACAAAUAUGUUCUCGACUGGCUGUCUGUAUUUCAGUGCUAUUGACGUCGCGCUGCCUGCCGAAGUCAGGAGAAGCAUGAAGAUCCUACCGGGGAAAGCACAUCGUCUCAGCGGACAUACUUUUACGCCGCUCUUCGAGCAUCUUGGAGCAUCAACUUGGCACAGUUGGGACUCCUCUGUCAUCAUGGCGCUCGGACAUGCCGUGAACAGCUUGAUGAGUCUGUGGCUGCCCUUGGCAUCUGUUGCCAUCGUAGCCAUAUUCGGCUGGCAUAUGCGAUCGCGUUCGACAAUGCAACGACAUGUGCGCUUCUUGCCAUCUCCGGUGACAGAGAAGUCCGCUGCUAGACGUACAAGUAGACGUCGCCAACGGCCUAUGCUUGCACUCGAUUUGUCAGCUACGCGCAAGAUCCAGUUCAAAUGGAACGACAAAAUCGUAGACCUUUCGGCUCGAUCAGGUUCAUCCACGCCAAGCUCAUCCGGUUCAGAUUCGUCGUCAAUACAGGCCCAGAAGGUGUUGUUGUGA